UCUGAGUGCUUUCCGCCGCGAACGACUGCACGCCUCGAUGUGUUUCACACUGCUUUCAAGGGUUGCGCAUCCGCAUGAUCUUGGUACGAGAUAUGCUUUGCUGUCGGCGUAUUCUGCUCGGACGCCGGCGCUGCAGCCAGGACACAACAUGCAGGUACAACGUACGAGAGGGAUCGGUCAACACUGUUCGGACGUGCACAGUAUCUACUGUGCAAGCUCAAAACUGCAGCACACCAAUCAAACACCAACGUAAGUUUCUUGGCGAAUGGGCGCGGAUGAUGACCGACAUCCGAGUUCUGUAUGAGACCAUCCGAUACACAGCACAAAGCGGGCUACACACAAGCGCGGUCGACGACACGAACUUCGACCAGCCUGUACCAUCCGUAUAUAAGCAGGUAUACGCCUCCCAUUUACGCCAGUCUGCUCUUCCCUCGAGACUCACUCGUCGUCGCGCGGCACUGGUUGGUAAGUCGCAUGCCUUGGUUCCUGCAUGCUCUCGACGUCUGAUGAUGUUCCCUCGCCGGUCCAACUCGAGUCCACGAAGCCUCCAGUAUCUGUUCGAAGGCGAUAUGCGCUAUUCCAUCGUGUCCAUCGCAAUCGUCGUGUUUGCUGCGAUCCAGACAGCACUUACCGCUUCAACCCCUCCAGGCACAGGUUCCAUCGACGAGCUCGCGAGUGCAAUGGGCAGUCUAGGCGUUGAAGAGAAUGUCCCGGAAAUCAUCGUGUCUCCACCAGCUACUAAGAAGUCUAGAGGACCGCACCAUGGGUCGUGGAGGCGCAGACAACAGGCGUCCUGGAGGAGACGCGCAGACGAACAGGACGAUGAAGAGGCUCCUCAGCCAGAUGACGAAACCACCACGCGCCGGGAGUUCCAGGAUGCUAUUCGCCGUCGCGGUGUAGAGGAGCUGUAUACCCGGUCGGACGCAUUGUUGAAAGGGCUCGAGUGAGCGCUGUUGUGUCGCGGUGAUGUCGUUGUUGUCAUUUAGUAGGCAGUGAACCGGCAGGUUGGUGUGUAUGUCGGCCACGGCGAUUACCAAUAUCUUGUAGUUCUUAAGAGAUGAUGAACCCAUUGUACUUGUUUUGUGAGCAGUGGGACGAUACAACAUGUCUGCAUGUCUGAGGCCUUGAUGGGCAAAGCGAUCCAAGGCCGUGACACAUCCAAUGAAGCUGAGUUGUCUCCCUGCCUCCCAUGCACGGUUUCACUGCUCCGACGCAGUGUCCUGGAAGGAGGACCAUGCAGCACAGUCGGCCUUGACGCUGCCGGUGCAUUGCAUGUUGAUCGUAUCCCAGGAUAUG